AUGGAACCAGGGCAGCAUAAGAGCUGGGGUCCUAGCGAGCUGAUCUGGGCCCAGGUUGGGCCCUGGGGUUUUGGCAUGGGGUUGAGGAUGAGGAAGCUGAGGACGGUGAGGGCCUCGCAGGGUCCGGUCUACAAAGGAGUCUGCAAAUGCUUCUGUCGAUCUAAGGGCCACGGCUUCAUCACCCCGGCAGACGGCGGCCCCGAUAUCUUCUUGCACAUCUCCGAUGUGGAAGGGGAGUACGUCCCGGUGGAAGGUGACGAGGUCACCUAUAAGAUGUGCUCCAUCCCACCCAAGCACGAGAAGCUGCAGGCCGUGGAGGUGGUCAUCACCCACCUGGCGCCGGGCACCAAGCACGAGACCUGGUCCGGCCACGUCAUCAGCUCCUAGGAGAGGCCAGAAGCACCCCUCCUUCUGGGCUUGAGGGAGACUCUGUGGGGAGAAGGAGGCAGGACCAGACCGGACAUGACAUUCUACUGCCCCAGAUACGCCUCAAAGUGGGGGAGCAUGUUCCCUUUCAAGCGUCUCCUAGAGGAAGGGGUGUGGGGCAGGCACAGGGGUGUCUCGGCCACCGGCACAGUCUCUGACCGUCACAACAGCUUCACCAUCUGAAAAGUAUUAAAAGCAUUGAACAAGGAGAGGCGCCGGCUGGUGGCUGAGUAGAGGGUCCAGCCCUCGCCCGGGGGUGGGUCGGGUGGUAUUGCUCCAGCCCAGAGUCCCUCACCCCCAGCCCGCUGGGGAUGGAGGCUCCAAAUUCCGCUGGCUGGUGACAUGGACCCUGUGUGUUUCCCCAGCGUGACUUCCCACCCAGGUGCCCUCUUCUUGUGUCUCCUUGGCCCUGGGCAGAGCAGGCUUUUUCGAUUCUAGGCUUGGGUGGCUCCAGGCGAGCUGGCUUCAGGGGGUGGGGGGAGAGGGGUGGGAGUAGGGUCUUAGGUGCCUUUGUGUCAGGAGGUGUCACAGCUGAGUGUCGGGAAAAGUUUUUCCAAGAGCCCUUAGCCCUCCGCCUGGGAAUGCCAUGCUGAGAGCUGAAUUCUAACCUUUGGGUUUUUCCCUUUUGUCCCCAAGAUGCGUGAUUAUGGCUCAGCAGCCAUUUCACAUCCCCUGUGGCGUAGGUGGUGGGUGGGGGCGGGAGAAGGGAGUGGAGAAGGGAAGGUGUUUGUCGAAAAACAGACCUUUCUCCCUUCCAGAAAAGAGUAGGUAGCUUGCUUUCUGACAGCCUGGUAAAGUCAAACGUUGAAGGAGAAAUACGCCUUUAGCGAAGGGGUUUUCUUGCAAACAGCUGUGAACAAAUGCUUAGGAGUUUUUGUUUGUAGAUAACUGAGGCUGUCACCGAGAGCCAGCUCUGCUUACAUUUUGGUGAGGACAUUGCGAACCUUUGUAGAUAGUCCCAGUGAACAAAUCUUUAGGAUUUUAUUUGCUGUGAUUUGGUUUGGCUUUAGUUGUGAUUUCAACAUAGAAAUCGCUGGGUAAUGUGUUUUGAAAUACGUGGCUUAUAUGUAGUCAAGAAUCCAUUUGUCAUCACGGGGCGGUGAAUCCUUCAAAGCUGGCUUUUGGAAAGACAAGGAUGUUCCAGACAAAAGAGGGGACUUUGGAUGCAGGAAGCAGUACCUGCCUUCAUGAGGUGUCUUCAGCUUUGCCUUUCAGCCCGGGGACUGCUUUGUUGGGAGGCGCGGGGGGCGGUGGGGGAAGGCUGGAACCAUUUUGGUGAUGCGAUGGCUGGUGCAGUUUUAAAACAGACAAAUAAGUGUGUUGAUGAUGUGUGUGCAGUGAAACAUCCCAGCCAAGGGACUUGAUCCGCUUUUUCCUGGCCCAUCAUGUCCCUUGCAGGGUCCUCUACCCCCUGCGUCUGCCUUCGGCUGUGUCCAAGGUGGCCUUUUCCCCGCUGGCCUUGAAUGUUCUCCAGGUGGUCCCUGAAGGCCUGUCUGUUGGGUAGAGAGCACACUUGCAGAGCCACUUCUGCCAAGAGCCGGCGUCUUUUGUGCGACUCCUCCAGACUUCGCCUGCCAGUGGGUUGGGAAUUGGAUCUGCUGUUCAGAGGUGACGUCUGUGUGGACAGGCAUCCUUUGUAAAUGGCUCUUGCAGUCCUUUGGUGGAUGAGUUUUCUAGAACUGCAGGGUGUUAGAGCUGGGAGGGCGCCCUCCCCACUCAGAGUCUCAAUAUACAGACUCCUGGAGGCUCUGGGAGGACUUCUGUAUGGUGUUGGCGACCCAGCUGGGAGCAGCGUUCAGGAUUCCUAAAUCCAGAUCUUUCCUCCCGCAGGCUACCUUCCUCUCAAUAAAGUUUGUUUUGUCCAAGGCUGU